ACUCCUCCUACAGCCAACACUAUUGUUACGGCCCACAUGUCAUUCCUAUUUACCCUAAAUAAGGAGAAACAAAGGCUAUUCUGGGCCCCGGGCACUGCUUGUGGCGGGGGUUAUUUGCAGCGUUACCAUGGCAGGCUGUCCUUUCCGCCGCGCCGGCCGGCCACCCCGUGAUUUUCUCUGAAAACUGCGACAGACUCGCAGCCUGCCCUGGAUUUUCUUCACACAGCCUGGGGGCAUCCGAACGCACAGGAGAUGUUUUACACUCAGAUGAAACACACUGUUUAGACCUCAGGGAAAAGAGACUGCGCUCGAACAAAAUGAACCGGGAGAAGGCGGCCUCCUGAGACACGUGUCUGCUUUCAUGUCUGAAUUGCCUGGGAUUCUGUUCUCUAAUUCCUGAUCCUUACAGACUAAAACUGCCUAGGAACACUGAGCGUCCUGACUCUGAAGGAGUCUCUGGCGUGUGUGUGCUGCCGACAUGGGGAAUAGUGAUGUGAGGCAGAGGGAGAGGGAAGGAAUGGGAGAGUCGAGAGGGAAGAGAGGACCGGAGGGAGAGGAGCACGCACUGUUUCCUGCCGUGGUUAGGACCUCACCCCUUGCCAGUACAGAGCUCGGCGGCAAGAGCCGCUGGGAGCUGCUCCCAUCAGUUAGAGGAUGUGGAGAGGGAGCACCAGGAGAGGACAGCCCCAGCCUGGCUCGCAGCCUGAGGGGCGCUGUGGGUGCUCCCAGCCGGGCGAGCACACUCUGGGAGCGGAGCUGCAGGGGAGAAGCACGCGAGCCUAACGCGGUGUCCUGCCUGUCGCGGCUCCUGCCUUGGUCAGCGCUCUCUCCAGCCCUUCUGCGCCGAAAGCUUCCCGCAGAGAUCGAGGGAAGGAGUAUUGUGUGAGACUUGCCGAUUUCCUCCUUUCUGUCUGGACUGGUUUGACAUUUGCCUGUUGAAAAGAUUAUCGAGCACAGUGAGACAAGAUGAGCCGUCUAGCUGCGUCCUGCUUGCCUGUGUGUGUGACACGUCCAGGUGUCAGGCCAAACCCGGGACGUGCGGACUGCUCACCGAUAGACGCUGCCGUAAACAGCACUGCCCUAGGUGUACAGCCGGUCUCAGGAUCGGAGACCCUGGACUUCCUCUGCUCGGUGACACGCCGGCUUCCUGCCGCAGAGCUGCUGGUUUCUGGUGAUGGCAGUUGAUAAUUGGUAGCCACAGUCUGCGGUCGGAGCCACAGCAUUCGAGUCUAGCACCUGGGGUGGGCCCUGCUGAUACAGUAGAGAGAGAGUGAACGAGGCAGACAGAAGCACCCCCCCCUCCACGCUCACACACUCUCCCACACCCCACACCAGCUAUAACUGCAGCUCGGAGCUGCCUGGAGAGGAGACUGCCGGCAGCCGGAGGGAUGCUUUGAACGUGGGGGGCUGCGUCACAGUUGAACUCCCACUUGCAGAGGACCUGAUUAUGUCCAGUGACCACCCGAACAACAGCACACUGAAGGAGGCUCAGUUCAAAGACCUGUUCUUAAAAAAAGCGGAGCUGGAGUUCGCCCAAAUCAUCAUCAUCGUCGUGGUGGUCACGGUGAUGGUGGUGGUCAUCGUCUGCCUGCUGAACCACUACAAAGUCUCCACGCGGUCCUUCAUCAACCGCCCAAGCCAGAGCCGGAGGCGGGAGGACGGGCUGCCGCAGGAAGGGUGCCUGUGGCCUUCAGACAGCGCCGCACCACGGCCGGGCGCCUCGGAGAUCAUGCAUGCCCCGCGGUCCAGGGACAGGUUCACAGCGCCCUCCUUCAUCCAGAGGGAUCGCUUCAGCCGCUUCCAGCCCACCUACCCCUAUGUGCAGCACGAGAUCGAUCUUCCUCCCACCAUCUCCCUGUCCGACGGUGAAGAGCCACCUCCUUACCAGGGGCCCUGCACCCUGCAGCUCCGGGACCCUGAACAGCAGAUGGAACUCAACCGAGAGUCCGUGAGGGCCCCGCCCAACCGAACCAUAUUUGACAGUGAUUUGAUAGACAUUGCGAUGUACAGCGGGGGCCCGUGCCCACCCAGCAGCAACUCGGGCAUCAGUGCAACCACCUGCAGCAGUAACGGGAGGAUGGAGGGGCCGCCCCCGACGUACAGCGAGGUGAUGGGCCACCACCCCGGCGCCUCUUUCCUCCAUCACCAGCGCAGCAACGCACACAGGGGCAGCAGACUGCAGUUUCAGCAGAACAACGCAGAGAGCACAAUAGUACCCAUCAAAGGCAAAGACAGGAAGCCUGGGAACCUGGUCUGACUCCCUCCAACCUGCACUUCAGCUGGAGGAAGAAACCGAGGAGGGCGGCCGCCGGGCCCCCUGCGCAGUGUUGUUCAGUUUUACAUGGUACAAAUAAGUAAAACCAAAUGAGCAAACACGGUCUUUGUUUCUGAUUCCUUCUAGGGGAAUUGCAUGCAAACUAGACUGAAAUGAUACAAACUUCCGUCUGGUUUGACCGCAAACAGUGUUUAUUUGGGGACAGGGGUUGGGACGGGGGUGUGGGCAGGGGAAAAGAGAAAGGGAUGCUUUGAAGAGAUCAUGAAAUAAAACCCACAGAGGUAUGUGAUUUAUUUAAUUGUGAAAGCAGACUUUGCAGAUACAUGAGGCCAGAAUGGCCUGUUUUAUAAUUAAGUGAGUAAAGAAGGAAGCAUUAUUAUAUAUUAUUGUGAGGAAGAACCAGCCAGUUUGCUUUUUCUCCUAAGGCGUGGAAGUUUUAUGUUGUUUUAAAAAUAUGAAUCAAAAUUCCUGUUUUGUGUGCCAAGGUAUAAAGUGGAGAAGUCAGAUGCGUGCAAGGAGCGCCUUUGUGUUGUGAUGAUGUGUUUUCAAAGUUGCACUAUCUUAAUGUUGAAAAUAUUUACGAGGGAACUGUUUUGCGUGAAGUUCUGUAUGUUGUCUUUUCACCUGUGGAUUGUAAUCAGGCCCAAGGAAUAUCCUGGAGUGGUCCCCAGAAUCACCCAAGAAAAGAUAUUUGGGGAUGUAGCCUAACAUUUUACCAACUUACGUAAAUCAAAAAAGUCAUCAUUGUUGCAGGAGUUUGCAUCAAACAGCAGUGCAUUGCUGAAGCUUUUGGAGACACUUGGGUGGAAGACAGGGAAGAUUAAGUUCCAGCAUUUCUGACUUGUUGUUUUGAGUUACUCUGCUAAUCUUAGGCUGCAUAUUUUAUGAGAAAAUGAACACAUGCGUUUAUGGAUCCAGUAUCAUGCAGUGCUGCUCUCAUCCUCCAGCAGUGCAAUUUCUCCAGUGAUUUAGAUUUUUUCACUAUAGCAUGAAAUAUAUUCAAAUACAUACCUUAUUUUAUGCAAUAAAUUGUUUAAAAUGCAAGGUGGUUAUUCUGCAUACUGUUGAAAUAUGUGACUCCUCAGUAUAUUCCAUUGCCUCGACAGCUUAGUUCAGUUCUGCAGGGCUGCUCAGUUCACAGGAGGCUCCCAGCAGCCACCCCACAUCCUGCCUACCGAGAACUUCGUGUGGGAGUGGUGUGGGUGGUGGUUUCUUAUGCUUUGGGAGCCUCUAGAAAUGACGGAAGAAUGCCAAGUUGCUGAUCAUGGUAAUAAGCCAUUGUGUGUCACUAGUAUUAGCACAUUCUCAAAGGAAUGCAGUGCUCAGAACACACCCAAAUUCCUGCAGGAUUCUACCAAACCCUUCCCCAGGCCAGGCUUUGCACUGAAGGCAGGAACUGGACCCUCAGAGAACAGUGGAGGGGGCAAGUGACUGAAGAGCGCCGGGUAAAAAGCACAACAUGCAGUUAAAAUGCAACUAGAAAACUAAUUUUAAAUAUUGUUAGUUUUAAUAUUCCUGAUAUUCACAAAUAUUCAUUCUUAUGUACAAUUAAAAAAAUAACUUUCUUCUGCAGAUGUAAGCACUGGCUCUUGUAAGAGCAGCAGCCAACACGUUUAGCAGCCACUGCGCACGGAGAAGGGCUUGCCUGCCGUGUGGAGGGUGGGCCUGUGGCCUCUUCACGUAACACGAUGAGCUGGAAUGAUGAUUCCGUGACUCCCAUCUAUGCAGCUUUAAAGUCGAAUCCGCGUGUGUGUGUCUGUGUCUGUCUGUGGAUCUCGCAGGUGAGCCCCUCGGUGCGGUGGCUGUGCUGUCACUGGAGACUGUUCCAAACCCCAAGGGUUGUCUGACCCUUGUCUGUUCCCUUCUGCUUCUUACCGCUAUAGGUAGGCCACGGUUUUUGUUUGUUUUGAGGAUUAGAAUUUCCAUUACAUUCAUCCUUUUUGCACAGUAACAUCCACAGAACUAGUCCAACUCUUAAAAGGAGAGAGGAAAAACAAGGGCACCAGUUGUCAGCUCCUGCCUACAACCCUGUGUGGAAGUAUAUACAGUUGAGAGUCACCGUGGAGGUUCUGAGACUGGACUCAGUCUUGUUCCAGUGACACUUGGAAGGGUCUGCUGGAGAGAAACCAGCUCUCAGGGCAGGGAUUGGCUGGGGGCCAGAGAGGACCUUCCCCAACCCUGGAGACGCCCUGAAGGUUCUCUGGCUCCCCAGAUGAGCCUCUCUUCCUCUGUCAGGCGAAGAUGAGGAGCCCGUGUUUCCAGCGGGCCCUGCUGGCAGGGACUUGCAGUGGAUUCUCGGUCAGGUGUGUCCACAGACGCGGGGGCGAGGUGAGUGAUCCCAUCAUUCCAGUUCUCACUCGCAGGUUUGGGGAAGCAGGGGACGCAGUUCACAGCUCCAGCUCCCAAAUGGCUUCACAGUCCGUCCUUCUCCACCUGCCUCGAAGGGGCUCAGAGACGAGACUUGUGAAUUCCUUGGUAACUGUGAGUAAUGAGUGUUUUGCACAUGUCCACAGUGUGGGUGAGAUAAUUAUGUAAUUCAGAUACCUUCAAUCAUCUUUCAAGAAAGAGGCUCCUCCCAUUCAACCACCCUAGAGAACUGCCUUUGUUAAAUCAUUAUUUAAAGACAUAUAUAUCAAACCAUGACUUUGAAAGGUCUUCGAGGCUGGGGCUCUGUAAUGAAUUAGUUUAAAAGCCGAGAUCAUAACAUGAAAUAAUAGUCAAUUUCCCUUCAGCACAAGGCAAAGGUGAUUUGGAUCAGUAGCUCUUUUGAAGGUUGUGGCUGACCUGUUCAUACCGUGUUGCCUCAUGGCUAGCGUGGUGUUGAAAGAGUGGCGAUUGUGGUGAUACAGCUUACACAGUGGGGCCUAUUGUUCUUUCAAGAACCCUUCUUUUAGCUUGUAGAACCCACGGGUCCAGUUUAGUAACCGCUGAUUUAGGCAAUCAAUGACAGGUUUAUAAUCUCAGAUUAUUCCAGCAAAGUGAGGAUUGCAUUGUUAGGAAGAACAUCUGGUGGGAGUGAACACUGCUGGGCAUACCGCUGACUUUUGUCCCUUGUUCCAGGUGUAGCAGACCCAAGGCAUCUUGAUUCCCAUCUAUAAGAACACAAUCUUCCAGCAUAUAUUUGCUUUUUCACAAGCUCUAGCAUUCUUUUUAAAUACUGAAGCAAUCCUUAAUGGAAAAGAGAUUUCAUGAAACGAAUUAUGUAUUCCAAUAGUUGAUCUCUUUUUGGUGUCCAAAAUUUACUAAUACAGAAGCUUGACAAGCAUGUCCUCACCCUCCCCACCACAUACACACAGGGACACACACCCAAGCCACAAGAAAUCCCAACAGAGCAGAGGAGAACUUUCAAACGAUUUAUCAUGCAGACGCAUUUCCAUUCACUAUGUUGGCUCAAACUUAUGAGGCAGGAAAUAGGGGCCACAAGUAAAUGGGGGAGGCCUCCUGACACCAGCAGAGGAAUUUUGUACCCAGGCAAGGACUUCCUGAACUUCUACAUAUAUCUCCGUCUGAUCUCUUUCACCUUUAUUUCAUCUUCGUAAGAAUGAGAAAGGCUCAAAAGGAAGCACUUUUAGAAAGCUGCUCUGACCUAGAAGAAUUCAUCCAAAUCCCUGCCUUCCUCUCUGCACCAACAGUUCCCGUCUCUGACAGGGGCCAUCCUCUAUCAUCUCCCAUCCAGUGGCUCUUCUUUUUAGGAAGGCUCUGGUGCACAGCGCUUCAAAUACGUCCUCGGGCCAGGUACUGGUCGCUAGCACAGAGACACACAGCACCCGGCCCCAGGCCCUCCCUCAAAGGACCGGCUGGUGGCGUUGGUCACUCGCAGGCUCAGAGACGUUCUGCUGUGGCCGCGGGGAGCCCGGCCGCCCACGCAGCCCUGACUGGAUGCGCCCCCAUCUCGGGGCUUGCUGCACUGCUCGCUUUUUGAAUUCUGCUACUUAGAAUGGCAACAUUAACUUUGUGUACCAUUCAUUUUUUUUUAAUUUCCAAAGCUCAGCCGUGUAUGAGAGAAAAAACUGGGAAAGAUACUUGGUUUCUGUUAACUUCUGCGUUUCUUGCUUAAGUGAUUAAAGCCAGUGCUUGCAGCCAAGGCUUCAUGCCAUGAACAUGCCCCACAGCCUGCCCUCUGCUCUCCUGCUCACACGGACCUACUGAGGUGAAAGGACAAUUGAAUGACAGAUGGGCAAAGGGAAAACCUCCCCUUCUUGGUGCGAGGAAAGUCACAAAUUAAAUGUUGCUUCCAGCCCAGAUCCUAAAUGCCAGUUCUCAGCAGCUGCGUGGCUUACUGUUCACCAGUUCCACCACCGCCAGCUGCCAGCACCUCCACAGAUCAGAGAUGUGAACAGACAAUGGAAAGCACUCUUAGCCUUGCAAUGGUCUGUACUUUUUAGGAACCAAGAGUUCAGCAUUCUUUACUACCCAGCACGCGUGUGCUUCGCAGAGUUCACGUUUAUGUUCCUGCCAGGGUUAGACAGUCACUUGCUGCUGCUGCUUCUUCCCGAACUGGGUGCAUUAGGAAGCUGCUGUCUGAGUGUAGGAAUGUCUUGCUGGGAAAGCAACGUCUUCCUUCAUCCUUUUCUUUCUUCCCUCUGCGUGUCCUUGUUUUUGUGUAAUGCGGGAGAGGGUUAGAGCUAUAGAGAUUAUAUAUACACUAUCCGUGCACAUUAUAUAUAUGUAGAUAUAGACCCUAUCAUGUCAGAGAUCUGCAUGUCAGUUUUUCAGCAACGAAGGUGCCUCGUGUUCUGAGUUCAGCAGAUACAGGAACCCAGCCGCCCCCUCCCGCACCUGAUGCUCCCACCUUUGUUGUGCCUCACUUAAAAUGGUGCUUUUUUCAGUUGUCUGUCUUUUCUUAUGUUUUUAUUUGUAAGGUGCUGUAUAUAAGUUGAAUAUAUUAUGCACAUAUCCUACCCAAUGGGUAGAACAAGUUGUUAAUACUGUAAUAUAAUGUAUAGAUGAUACCAAUUUUAACAGAAAUGGCAUAGAAUUUGUGAAUGCCUAUGUGCUUUGUCCUCUUUUGUAAGGAAAUUUGCAAAUGGAUGCACACAGAUUAAAGUCUAUGUAGUUUAUUUUCCUAUUAAAUAUCAAUAUUAUAACACGAGAAAGAAGUGUGAACAAACAAGCAACAGUUUAUGACCAGCGUAUAUAUAGCAAUGGAAAGUUGCAUCUUUGCUGUGAAAACACUUUAAAGAAAAUACUUUUUAAAAAAUCCCACAGCUUUUUGGUUGCCACUAGACGCUUCUUAUUUGAAUCAUUUUAGUAAUGCUCAGCUGGACCAGUGUUAGUUAUAUUUGAGUCAGAAAAAUGUUGUUUUUCAACUUGCUUUGUAACCUCCUGCAUCUAUCUCCUGCUGUAGCAUCACGAAGGUGUCAGCCUUAGUGAAAAGUGCACAUUUUUGUUGUCAAAUUGCAGAAACUGUGUCAGAGGAGUAAGUCAGUCAGCCUGCAGCAGAGGACUCUGUUCAGCUCCAGAGGCAUCUGUGACCAUCUGUGUCCAAGUCUCUCUGUGCCUUUUUGUUUUACAAACUGCAGCUGUGGAGCCAAUGAAGUAACAGUAGAGAUUGUAGGGAAAUACCUCAGGAAAAACACCCACUUACAAGAAGACCCUGUUCUUAGAAAAAGCGUUCGGUUAUGGGUUAGCACUAGAAGAGACGUGGCUGCCAGCCAGCCAAGUGAGGACCUCUCAUCCAUUCCCACGCAUGUCCCAUCAUAAUCCUGACCCGAAAAGCAAACUCGGUUUUGCCAUCAGUUAGAAAUUACAUUUUGAAUAGUAUAUUGUUACAUCUCUCUUCCAGCUUAGUUUUUAGUGUCUGAGUGUGACCUCUGCAUUUAUCUUCAAAUACCCUAAUUUUAAAAAGAAAAAGAACGAGAGAAGUGUGUAACACCGUCUUCAUUAAAACCACGGUUGAAUCUUGGGUGUGGGUAUCCUUUCGAGUGUUGUCCCAUAAGAGCAGUUCGUGGAAUUUUGCCCGUCUGACCCAUAUUAUCAGCUUAUUCUGCCACAAAAGUGGAGUCUAAUAAAUUCCAAAGUUUUUAGUUGCCCCAUGGUGUAUGUUCUUUGAAAAUCACAAUAGACUCAUACCCCUAACAUCCAAGAAACAAACAACCGAUUAUCCUUAAACUGAAAUGGACUCUACAAGGCAACUCCUAAUGCUGAAUGGAUUAAAAGUCAGCCCUUUUAGGAUCUGUCUGAAAGGGCCGUGAAAAGGUGACACUCGUGGUGUUGUGGAUCCCGUGUGUUGGUUCCAUCAUAUACUGUAGGGUGCCCCCCUUGGGAUUCAGCAUUAAGAACUGAGGCUCGUUACUGUCAGAAACAAAGCUCCUACCCCCAGGUUCAACCUUGUGGGAGAACUGUUGAGCAUGAGAAUGUUCUAGACUCAGAGGUACUGAAAUUUGUGACCACAUCAUUGCUUCCUUUCUACAGGACGAAUUGAGGCUUAAACUUGACUGUUAAUGAUACUGGUUCAUUUGAAUGUGCUUGUUGGUAUGUUGCUAUUUUUCAUUUCAUAGCUUUCAAAAAUCAUGCUACUUGUAUACUUGUCUAGUUUAAGGCUAUUUUAAAAUAUGUACAAUACUAUUUACAGCAUUUAGUUCAUUUUUAUUAUAAAGCAAUCUACUAAAAAAGUACAACUGUAUUUGAACUUUUCAAUAGUUGGUUGUGAGCUAUGAUAAGUCAUUAAAGUUUCUUUUAGCAAACAUUUGUGCUUACUUUUCAACAUAAUUCCCAGUUCCAUACAGAAAAAGAUUUCCACCUGUCACGUAUCUGCCUCUUUUACCUGAGCAAUGGUGAUGUAGUUCUUAGACCUAAGGUCUGUAAUUGCAAUACUUUUAAAGAAAGAUGUUGCUCUAAGUGCUGUUUGUUAGUUAUGAAAUCAGAUUUUUCUGCUUGUUCUUAAUGCUGUGGUCAAACCAUAGCACAAAAUCAUUAAAAAUAAUCAGCGGCA